AUGCCUCGUCAUCUAAUUAGUGACGCGCAUGAAUGGAUCAACGAGAUUCUUACUGUCCCUAUUUACUAUCUAGCGAAACAACAGCCAAGGGAACGGUCUUGA